UAUCUGGUCAUACAAGCGUUUCAAGUACGAAUAGUCAACGAAAGCAAGUAAAGCCAGCCAUCAUUAGGACUGGAUCUUCAAUAAUUUUUACUUAAAAAACCUUAAAUAAAUAUAAAAUUUAAAUUUAGUUCAAUGCUGACAGUGUAAUUUUCAAUGUGUGAAGUGAAAAAUGUGAGAAAAUUGUGUUAAACAUACAUAUGAAAAAAUUAAAUAUUUUCUAAACUAUAAGUCUGAGUCACAGUAUUUAUGUAUACUUCUUACUUGUAUGUUUCACAAUGGUAAAAAUUGUGGUGCGCUCGUGCAAUCGUCCCAGUUUGUUUUAAGCGUUCAAUUGGAGCAGUUAAUUCUUCAGAUCAUUGAGAAGUAAAUCGAUAUAAAAAUAAGUGAAGUGUUAUUUAGAACUGAAAUUUGGAAAUUGAAAUAAGCUACCAACACUUACGGAUAUAAAUUGGCUCUCACACUCUCACGCCCUGAGUUCGUUGUCUUAAGAUAUUCAAAGAACUCAAAAUUUUUGAAUUUAAAAUGGAUCCAACGGAUUACGUUUCCGUUUUAGAAGAUGAUUUACCGGAUUUAUUAAUUACAAUGUCAAUGUUGUCAUUUGACAACAAUGGGACUCUCGAAAUGGAUACAAUGCCUGAUGUGUUAAACGGUAAUCUUACUCAAAAUCAAAUCCUUCAUCAGCAGCAACAACAACCGUGUACCUCCCAACAAUCUGGUGGUGGUACUGCUGGUGGAAGUGGUGGUGGAAACACAGGCAGUGGAUCUAGUGGUGGAGGCCAACAUCUCUCUGAAGAGCGAAAAAAGCACAUACAGCAACAACUGGUGCUCCUCUUACAUGCGCAUAAGUGCAACCGUCGCGAAUCUCUGAACCCUAACCGUGAAAAAUGCACAGUUCCCUAUUGUAAAUCUAUGAAAAAUGUGCUGGCGCAUAUGGUAAACUGUAAACAGGGUAGAGAAUGCAGCUUUCAGCAUUGCACUUCGUCUCGUCAAAUAUUGUUGCACUAUAAAACUUGCACACAUUCGGAUUGUAUUAUAUGUUUUCCGUUCCGUCAGCAACAGACUUCACAGGGAAGUAAUGACAGUGCAAGUAAUAAUGCUGGUACUGAAGAAAGAGACUGGCGUGAAUCGGUGACUGCUGAUCUACGAAAACACCUUGUUCAUAAGCUUUUUCAAGCAAUAUCUGAUCCGACAACCAUGGCUGAUAAACGUAUAUCCAAUUUGGUUUCUUACGCUGAAAAAGUUGAGAAAGAUAUGUAUGAGACAGCUAAGUCACGGUCAGAAUAUUACCAUCUACUGGCCGAAAAGAUCUACAAGAUACAAAAGGAGUUAGAAGAGAAGCGCAUCAAACGAAAGGAACAGCAAAUGUUAAUAAUGCAGCAACAGCAACAAGGAAGUGGUGGAGGGGCGGGGUCCAAGUAAUGCUUUGUCAUUUGGUCAUCAACUUCCUCAUAAAUAAUUAAUCGUUUAAUGAAUAAAGUGUACUAUUAAUGUAAUAAAUAAAUUUGACCUAAUUCUGCAAAGCAA